GGUUCAAACCACGGUUGCUAUGGAGAUCACGCUCCUGGAGCACCGCUCUCGCAGGAGGUCGGUGAGGGGGCGGGGUCCGACCAGGACGCCGUUUCCAUAGUGACAGGGCCUUGGCUGAAGCAUGUCGGACCUUGGCUCAGAAGAGAUCGAAGAGGAGGCAGAGAACGACUUGGGGGAAUAUGAAGGAGAACGCAAUGAAGCUGGUGAACGGCAUGGACAUGGGAAGGCCAGAUUACCCAAUGGUGAUACCUAUGAAGGUGAAUAUGCAAAUGGUAAAAGAAGUGGGCAGGGACUGUACAGAUUUAAAAAUGGUGCACGCUACACAGGAGAAUACUUUGACAACAAAAAACAUGGCCAUGGCGUCUUCAUUUAUCCUGAUGGAUCCAAAUAUGAAGGAGACUGGGUGGAGGACCAAAGGCAUGGAAAUGGCGUUUAUUACUAUGUAAAUGGAGACACGUAUACUGGAGACUGGUUCAAUCAUUGCAGGCAUGGGCAAGGUACCUAUUUCUAUGCACUAACUGGCUCUAAGUAUGUUGGCACCUGGGCAAAUGGACAACAAGAAGGAUCUGCUGAAAUUAUUCACCUAAACCAUAGAUUCCAGGGGAAGUUUGUGAAUAAGAAUCCAUUGGGUCCUGGGAAGUAUAUAUUUGAUAUUGGAUGUGAACAACACGGGGAAUAUUGUCACGAGGAAAAACCAGAAGAAGAGGAGGAGGAAGAAGCUUUGGUACCAGUUAUUCCAAAAUGGAAAGCAACAAAAAUUACUAACCUGAUACUCUGGGUCCCUGAAGAACCACCUCCUCCAGAAACGACCCCGGUAGUAACUGUACAGGCUCCAUCAACUGAGGAAGCGAUAGCUUCAGCUGGAGCUGAGACUGCUGCUGAAGCUUUUGCUGAAACUGCUGAGGCACCUGCAGAGGUAGCAGAGCCCACUGAAGUGACAUCACCAAAAGAAAAUGAGGAAGAAGAAGAGGCAGCUAAAGAUGACCAAGGGGAUCAGGUUGCAGUGACUGGAGAAGAAAAAGAGGAAGACUCAAAGGAAGCUGAGCCUCAAGAUUAAGGGAAAGGAAUGACAAAAAUAAAAUUUAAUGAAGUAAGGCACAGUCUAGUCAAGGUUAAGCACCGUUAAGUUCCAUUAAUUUUAACAGAACUUAAGUGUAUGUUUAACUCUCCCACUGAAAUCAAUGGGACUUAAAAGUGGUUAAUUUUGGUGGGUCCAUACCCAAGCUUAUUUAUUUAUUU